UUUACUGACAGUAUUGUGUGCAAUCGAAGUAAAGUAAAUGAAGUAAAGCGGUCUAAAAUUAUUUUUUACUCUCAGUAAAAUAAGUUUUCGACCGUUGUGUGAGUAACAUGAGUAAAAGAUGACGUAACCACAUAACCGCACUGAUUGUGACAUAACCUAAGACUUCAAACGAAAAAUCAUGACCAAUAUAAGUAUAAACGAUACUGUUGCAAUUUAUCAACUACUACAAGAAAUUUUUGAUAGUAGCAGUUCGGAGGAAGAAGAAUUUUUUGCAGUUGUUACUCCGAAGAAGAAGGUACCUUUAGCACGAAUAAAUAAUUAUGUGGAGAAUGUUGUGCAUUUAUACUCCAAUGAUCAAUUCCAAUCACAUUUUAGACUGCAGCGAAACACCUUUGAAUUUAUUUUAAACAUAAUUGGCCCUGAAAUUAGCAAACAUGUUGUUUCUCCUGGUCGACCCAGUAUAUCAGCUGAGAAGCAACUAUUGAUUGCCUUGUGGAUUCUUGGCACACCUGAUUCUUAUCGGUCUGUCUGUGAUCGCUUUGGCGUAGGUAAAGCCACAGGAGUUAUGGCUGUACGUAAAGUGGUCGAGGUGUUAUAUAGUAAGGUAAAGGUGUUCAUCAAGUGGCCAAGAAUUGCAAGAAUGCAAGAGAGUGCUCGCGCUUUUAAAGUUGUUGCUGGGUUCCCAAAUGUUAUUGGAGCUAUCGAUGGGACCCAUAUUUCGAUUACUGCCCCUACUGAACAUCCUGAGGCCUACGUUAACAGAAAGGGAAUACAUUCCAUACAAUUGCAGGUUGUUAGUGAUGAAAAAGGGAAGUUCAUACACUGUUACACUGGACACCCAGGAUCGGUCCACGACCAGAGGGUUUUUGCAAGUUCAGAGGUGUCACAUUUUUUAAAUGACUCUGAAAAAUUUCCAAAUGACUAUCAUUUGUUGGGAGACGCAGCGUACGCUAUCCGUAAGAAUUUAAUGGUUCCGUACAAAGAUAAUGGCCACUUAACUGAAAGACAACAUAAUUACAACAAGUGCCAUUCAAGCACACGAAUGGCUGUUGAAAGGGCCAUUGGUCUCUUAAAGGGUCGUAUGAGACGCUUGCUUGAUAAUUUGCCCAUGACGAGAGGCGACUUAAUUCCAAAGUAUAUUGUAGCAUGCUGCAUUAUACAUAAUAUAUGUUUAUUGCGACAAGAUCAAUUUACACCUAUAGCGAUUGACUUGCAUCGUGUACCUGAGGUGGUUGUACCACUACCACAUAAUGUGCAAGCUGAUGACAGAAACGUUGCCAUAGCAUGUCAGAAAAGAAACUUAACUGCCGAAGAACUUCCUUUACAAGAGGAAUUUUAAUUUCUUAAUAGAU